AUGGUCGCGCCGCCUGGAUGUUGCGAGAUCUGCCAGAUCGCCGAGGUGAUGGCCGACCCCGCGCUUCAGAGUCGGUCCGUGAGGAUCACCGGACGACUGGAACUGUACGACGCGCAGCAAAAGGUAGCGACACUUUCGUUCCAGAACGUGUCGAUGACUGUGGAGACCCAGCGACUGUCGCUCGAGCACUUGCGGCUGCAACUCGGUGCCAUGUACCAGUUCCUUGGCGAGACGUAUACCAAGACUGAGCCAACAACGGAAGUGCGACUGGUGGCACGAGUCGCGCGGAAUGUCGACAGCUUGGACAUGGACCUCUUCCUUGCAGCACUGGCCAUGCGACGACAGUUUUUGGCUGCGUACGCUUGA